UCUCCACCUGUAUAAGAGAGGGACACAAAAAAGUUUCUCUCACUCUGAGGAGCAGUUCUUGUUGCUUUUCUGAUCUCAGUAGAUUAGACUCUUAAGCAUAACAUUCUUAGCAGCUUUAUGCACAGAGGAUUUUGAUAUUAGAUUUGUUCAGCUUUAAAUAAAAACAGAUUGUUCAUUCUACAAUCAAGACAGUUCCUGUAAGACUCUUCUCUGAACGCCGACUGCCACAGUGUAUCAUCUAAAGACACACAGUGUUUGACGAUGAUGUCCAUGAAGAUGUGGUAUCUCUUGCUGCUCGGUGCCUUCCUGCCCAUUGUUCCCACAGAGGCUGAAGUGGUGAAGUCAGUGGCCGACUGUGGCCAGUUUCUCCUUGAAGCAAAGCCACCACAGGUCCCAGGCAUCUUGGAGGGCGGGAAAAUUACGGACCAGAAUCGAUACAAACCCAUAUGCCAGACUUAUAAAGAUGAGAGAAAGUUUCUGACGCUCUACGACACCAAGAACAGGAUCCCAGUGUUUUCUGCUUUAAAGUACAGAGGGGAAGGAGGAGGAAAGCCACCCUCAGACGAGUGGAUGAUAGAGCCACAGCUUGAGAAUGAAGAAGACAAGAACAAGAACAUGUUGGAUGUAGAAAGAGACAGGACCUACAACAACCAGGCUGGGGACAAUGAUUACAAAGACCAAAAAGGGUUUACCAGGGGCCAUUUAAUUGCAAGCUCUUAUGGGUUCCAGAUAUCUGGCAAAAUGUCCACCUACACCCUGACCAACAUUGUUCCACAACAAAAAACAUUCAACGAGGGAAGCUGGUACAAAAUGGAGAAGUGCGUCAAAUGUAUUAUGGACCGGCACUGUACCAACAAUGGUGUUACUGAAGCCUAUGUGGUAACUGGAGCACAACCCAACAACAACAACAAACAACUCAAUAACAGGGUUAAUAUUCCUGACACGCUCUGGUCAGCAUUCUGCUGCUUUGACUCCAAAAAGAAGAAAUGGAUCGCAAACGCACACUGGGGCAACAAUGAUCCAGAAAUUUUAUCUGAAAAGAAAACUCUGCCAACUAAGACUCUGGGAGAGCUCAAACAACAACUGGGGAUAGAGUGUUUCAUGAAACACAGUGUCCUAAGACUGUGUUCUUCACAAACGUUGACAACUGCCCAUGCCCCCGCUCUGCUUCAACCACUUCGUCCCAUCUCAAUUAAAAUCUUCCCCUUUCACACCCAACAUUUGGUCCACUAUAUGCCUUGUCCUGCUUUCAUCUGCCUGGCUCUUCAUCAUGUCUUUGGGGUUCUAACUGUAUGA